UCGCCUCCCAGCAGCCGCCUGCCUCCCUGCGGAGAGGCCGAGCGAGGGCCGGCCGAGACGCGCCGUCGGGGCACCUGGAGCACGCGCGGGCUCCGGCAGCCCCGGGACGGAAUCUGGGUCCCUUGGCGGCGGCGCGCUCUCUGCUCUGUGAAUCCCGCUGGCCGUGCUGCGCGUGGUUAGCGACGCUUAGGCAAGGACGCUCCCCUUGAGGGAAGCCGGGCGGUGUCCCCGGGGCUGGAUGUGGCAACAGUGGAGAAACGUGGACUCCUUUGCUUGGUAGCUUUUUCAGCCUCCAGCUUCGUUGUGGGGGCAUCGGAGGCGACCCGAGCGCAACAGCUGUGCGGCUAACCCGCGGUCCGGUUCGCGGGAGAGUCUAGCCAGCCUUUUGCCCCAAACCAAAAGCCUUUCCGACUUCUCGUCUUUCCUGCACACAGUCUGGAGGGAAAAGUUGCACCCACCCCUCUGAUUGCACAUGCGCCCUGCCCACCCCCAAGGCCGCCGCUUGCAAAACUCGAUAAGGGGGUUGACCAAGGCCAACGCCAUUGGGUGGCUUUUAUCAGAACGCCUCCCAUGUCUGCUGGGUGAGCUGACUGCUGAGCCGGAGAGCCCUUCAGGACAGAAGCCCGGCCGGGAACCUUAUUCCACCCCCUGCCAGUCUGUGCCAUGCGGGAGUGGGAGUCCUUUGUCCAGGCCCAGAAGCCCUCCGUUGCUCUGGGGCAUGCUGUGGGAUUCAGAAGACUUUCCUGACUCUCCCUCGGCUGAAUGGUCAGAGCAGCGUUCGGAUUGCCUCUGAAGAGAUUCUCUCUCCCCGUGGCCGAUCCUUCAGUUGGCUCACUUCUGUUCGAAGCAGAUUAUCCUGUGGGGUCGGACUGAGAAAUGCUUGAAGGAGGCUACCCAGGAGAUCCGAGCAAUGGGAACCGAGUGCCAUUACUUCGUCUGUGACGUGGGGAAUCGGGAAGAAGUCUACCAACAAGCCAAGGCUGUCCGGGAAAAGGUGGGGGAUGUCACCAUCCUAGUGAACAACGCAGCAGUUGUUCACGGCAAGAGUCUCGUGGACAGCGAUGACCAUGCCCUGCUGAAGUCGCAACACAUCAACGCGCUGGGACAGUUCUGGACCACCAAGGCCUUCCUGCCGCGGAUGCUGGAGCUCCAGAAAGGACACAUUGUCUGCCUGAACUCGGUCCUGGCCUUGUCGGCCAUACCUGGGGCGGUUGACUACUGUACCUCCAAGGCCUCCUCCUUUGCCUUCAUGGAGAGCUUGACGCUGGGCCUGCUGGACUGCCCAGGGGUGAACGCCACCACAGUCUUGCCCUUCCACACCAGCACGGAGAUGUUUCAAGGGAUGCGGAUCAGGUUUCCCAACCUUUUUCCUCCACUGAAGCCAGAGAUGGUGGCCCGAAGGACGGUUGAGGCUGUUCAGCAGAACCAAGCUUUCCUCCUCCUCCCGUGGACAAUGCACAUCCUUGUUGUCCUGAAAAGGCAUACUUCAUUUUGGAUUCCCACAUCAAACAGAUGGCGGGACUUGAUGUUCCCUUCCAGCUCCAGGAUGCUUGUGUUUCUGGAUGGUGUUUUCUUUGCUGGAAGAAACCCAGCCUGCCGAUCUGCCUUUGCCUCUUUGAGCAAGCAUCUUUCCACAAGCGGCGCUGGAAGAAAUCCACAAGUUUGCUGGGAGCUACACCUGUAUGAAGACUUUCAAAGGACGGACCUAAGAGUUGCUGGGAAUCAGGACCUUGUGGGCCCUUGUCAGGGCUGGGAUCCUGCUCUCGUAGGUUGCAGUGAGGCCUGUGAAGGAUGGACUGGCUUAUCGUGGAAGGGAAAACAAACCAGGACAUGUCAGGGCAACGUUUUUAGCACCGAGAUGCUUCCAUUUUUUAGUUUGUAAGCAGUUUUGAGCUGGAUACAUCUCAGAGGAGUUCCACCCUCCUCCUUUUUGGCUGGCUUGAGGGUAGAAAGCUUGCCUUGGGUGACUGAGUAGAUCUUGCUUGGCUUCCCGCCACUCCGUUGACAGGCAGUGCAUUUUGCUAACCGAAGAAGCGGCGUGUGGUUCUUGAGGUUCUGCUUUGAGGGGACAGGGGUGAGAGCAUUCCUCUGCUGGUCCAUCUUCACAGGAGACAAACAGCCUCAGAUAAUAAUAAUAAUAAUAAUAAUAAUAAUAAUAAUAAUAGAGGGUUAAUUGGACCCUUAAAGCUUUCUCAUUUAUUGCAAUAGGUCCUCUCUCAGUAAAGCUGGAUCCAACCCAUGGUCUCAUUGAAGAGGAAUGCGUUUUACAUUGGCAUGGCUGGGUGCACAAUACGAAUGGAAGCGCUGUCUUCCUGGCGCACACAGCAAUACUUUUCAGCAUCCUGUUUCCAACAGCAGAGAGCCAGUCUCUGUUCGCAAGACACGCAGAACCAUAUCCUUUGUCUGCUGUUGAAGGAACUGCAAGGUAGGUUGACGCUGACCUCGGUGGAGACCUCCUCAGUUUCUGCACGUCACUGCUGUCAGGGAGCAGCUGGCGGAGCCAAACCCCAUGAGGAUAACCAGGCCGUCUUCUGCAUGGAGCUGAUGAAUCCAGGGAAGGAGCUGAGGAAACCUUUCCAGGAGAGUCCAGCUUUUGGCUCUGCGGUUCAUUGUGAGCAGAAAAUCAGCUGCUGGUGCUUGUGCGUGUGCAUAAAAAUGGUCAAGUCACA